GUCUGCAUGCGUGUGCAUUAAAAUCCGCUGUUGGCCGAUGCAUAAACUUUAUUAAUCAAGGAGUUCAAAUAUGCGGCCUAGAUGUGUUAUCAGCUUAGUGUCAUCUGCUUAUACUCACACACGGAAAAUUAAUUCUUAUUUCAAGUCCAGUGUACUCAUUUUCACAACAAGGAAUAUGUCUUCUGCCACGAAAUUACCAAAAGUGUUCGUGACCCGGAAAGUUCCCGAGGAUGGGAUCAAAUAUCUUAGGAAUAAAGCUGAGGUAACACAGUGGAAUUCAGAUGACGCUAUUCCACGUGGAGAGCUCAAGGAACGUGUCAGAGGGGUCGAUGGUCUUUUCUGUCUACUAACUGACAAAAUAGAUGCAGAAAUACUUGACUGUGCAGGUCCGAGCCUUAAGGCCGUGAGUACGAUGUCAGUGGGCUAUGACCAUGUAGAUGUAGGAGAGUGCAACAAGCGAGGUAUACCUGUCGGAUUCACACCAAAUGUGCUGACCAGUGCAACUGCCGAGUUGACCGUGACCUUGUUAUUGACAGUAUCCAGAAGAAUUAAGGAGGGUAUUGAGGCGGUGAAGGACGGUAGUUGGGGUACUUGGAAGCCAUUAUGGUUGUGUGGUCAGGGUUUGGAUGGAGCGACCGUCGGUGUAAUAGGUCUCGGAAGAAUUGGGUUUGCGGUUGCACAACGACUGAAACCAUUCGGCGUAGCAAAGAUUCUUUACGCAGACGCAGAGGAAAAGGAAUAUGCGAACCAGCUUCCGGCAGAAUAUGCAAAUUUAGAUCAGCUUUUGGAGGAGUCUGAUUUUGUUCUUGGUUGCUGCGCGCUCACUGAAGAAAAUGUUGGCUUAAUGAAUUCAUCGGCAUUUAAGAAAAUGAAGAAAACUGCUAUUUUUAUUAAUACGAGCCGAGGUGGACUAGCAAAUCAGGAUGAUUUAUACCAAGCACUGAAAUCAGGAGAGAUUCUAGGGGCGGGGCUAGACGUGACUACUCCAGAACCACUCCCUACAGAUCACCCGCUACUUUCGUUGGACAACUGUGUAAUAUUACCGCAUAUCGCUAGUGCAACAUUGAAGUCGAGGAAUGCAAUGUCAGAACUGUGCGCAAGAAAUAUUAUAGAAGCUUUGAAUGGUAAUUCUAUGCCAGCCGAGGUGAAAUAGUCUUAAAAACGACUUUGUACUUUUGUUUGUUAUUAUCUGGAAAAUUGACUUUUUAUGCCCCCGGCAUCUGCUGAUGCGGGAGGUAUAUAGUGAUUGUCCUGUCCGUCCGUACGAGGUUCACCAAAAUGGGACCGUUUCGUCUAGCAUCAAUACCCCUUACUAGAAUUACUUAAUACUAAUGCAGAUGUAACCUGUGACCAUUCCUCAUCUUCAGACAUCACCUGACCUCAGUUUGACCUUGACCUUGACCUCAUUUUGGACUUAGGUUGCUUUAUAUGGGCCAUCUCUUGGUUAACCAAAUGGGACCGUUUCGUCUAGCAUCAAUACCGCUUUCAAGAAUGAAUUGAUACUAAUAGAAUUGUAACCUGUGACCAUUCCUCAUCUUCAAACAUCACCUGACCUCAGUUUGACCUUGACCUUGACCUCAUUUUGGACUUAGGUUGCUAUGGGCCAGACCUGGGGUAAUUAAAAAUGUAAUUGUAAUUAAUUGCAAUUAAAUUACAUUUCCCAAGUAAUUGAAUGUAAUUUGUAAUUGGGUCAUUUAUCAAUUACAUGUAAUUGUAAUUUAAUUAAUUACAGAACAGUUCUA